UGAUGCGUGAAGAAGGUUAUAGUGUCGUACCCCCUGAGUCACCUCAGUCACCUCAACACUUCACUAACUGGCUGCAACGGGAUAAUUUACACUUGUAGGAGCUGCUGACACUACUGCACGAGCAGGAAACAUCAUGAACCAGUCAGUUUCUUGGCAAAACCUGAAUGAAAUGGGAGAGUUUUCAGGCUGGGGUGACAUCGCCAUGAAUGAACAAAGAGGGAAUAGAAGAGAAAGAUCUUCGGCAGGAAUGACCCACGAUGCAUCUGCAGCAAGUCAUGACAACAAAAGAUUCAAGGAAGAUGGAAGUCAUUUCAGUACAAGAAACUGGCACAAUAAUGAUGAUGUGUACGGUCCCAGGCAACUGAAUAAUUGGAAUGACGUUGUGGAAGAAGAUCAGGGAGACAUAUCUUGGUUUAUUGAGGAAAACAAGAGAUUGGCGGAGCAAUAUGGUACAUUUGUGCAAGUAAAACCUGUUAAGGAUCAUCCUGAAAGAGUGGAAUACUACUGUGAGCUUUGUUUUGCAAUGAUGAAUGCGAAGAAAUCUCUGGACAUUCACUGCAGUGGCAUGAAGCAUUUAAAGAAAACAAAAAUGUGGGAGCAGCUUAAGGGAAUAGGUAACAGUACUAUUAGUAAAGGACAAGCUUCUGAUCCUCCUGCCUCACUACCACCUCCAACCAAUCAUAGAUAUCAAGCUCAGGGUAGAGAAGACCCUCCUGAACCUCGUAGAUAUCAGCAUAUGAGAGAAGCACCUGAGCCUCCAAGAUUUCUAUCUACUAGAGGAGAGAAUCCUGAUACUUCAAGAUUUCAGUCUGAGCGAGGACAAAAUCCUGACUCUCCUGGCUCACGUCCACCUUCAGCUCCAUACAGGGACAGUGAUAGACAUCAAAGCUACAAAUCUUCCCGUUGGGGAUCUCCAGUUGGAGAUCGUUAUGAUGACCCAUAUAAUUCAAGAUCUCUUGAUCGAGGAGAAUAUAGCAGAAGAGAGGUCUCCCGCAGCCCUCUUUAUUAUAGACGAGGUGGAGAAGACUCGUACCAUCCCACUUGCCUUGGCCGCCGCACUUCUCCAGUACCAGGUGUCGGGCCCACCUCAAGGGAAAGCCUCUCAAAAGGGCCCACUGGAUCACUCCUCAAAAGGAUGGCUGAUUGUUCAGUGAAGAGUGAUCCUGAUGCUCUGCUUGCUAUAGAGGUAAUCUCUCUCCUUUUUAAAUCUCUCAAGGAGUUCCAUCAACGUAGAGGCUCUCAAAAUGCUGUUCGUGUGGUCUGUGAAGCAGAGAUAAAGUUUAACAUAUUGAAGGAGUUGCAAAAUGUAACACCACGGGGAGGGAGCAACUACUAAAAUUUGUCCAAUUUUCAUCUGGAGAGCUACUAGUGUGUAUGACAGAUGAGUUGUGUAUUUUCUUUUUUUCAACACGUCAUCAAGAAUAGUGUGCAGCAGCUCUCCUAUGGAGGUUUAAAUCAAGUUCAUAUUUGUAAUCCCAUCCCCUUGGCACAUCUAGAAUUCUUGAAAGUACAGUAUUAUAAAUUUUUAUUGCUUCCAUUUUUUUCUGAAAAAUGUUAAUAUUUAGUGAAACUCUUCCAGUCAUUCUAAUACUGUGUAAUUCAACUAUAAUUUUAUUGUAUUUUCAAGAAAACACUGAAGUAAUUUCCCAUUAUUAGUAUCUUCCACCUGUAUAAAUAUAUUGAGGUGAAGCGACUAUUGGCAGAAAGGUGGGCUAGUGCAAAGAUGAGUAGUGGGGGGGUUGAAGAGGGUUGGAAUAGUUUUAAAAAUGCAGUAUUAGAAUGUGAGGCAGAAGUUUGUGGUUAUAGGAGGGUGGGGGCAGGAUGAAAGAGGAGUGAUUGGUGGAAUGAUGUUCUUGCUCUUAUUUAGCUUUUCAUUGAGCUUGUGGUUUCAUUUUGUAAAAUACAAGCAGCCAAUAUCCAUUUUGUAUGCUACUCUAUAAGUCUGGACUAACACAUUGGCCAUGAGCUGCAGAGUAGGGUGGCCCAAAGCAAGAAAGAUUCACUUUCACUUAUUCUCUGGCUGUCUUUCCAGAAGUGCUUUGAUGUUGUUUAAAAUAACUGAGCCACACCAUCCCUGUUCAUCCUGUAUUUCCCACAGCUUUUUAAAAGGUCAAGGCAGACUGGAUUACUUUAUAUUAAGAGUCACAGCAAGUAACUGCUGGAAAGAGUUGCAGUAUUUAGAGUAAUUGAUUUGUACAUUACCAUGGUCCUCUAGGGCACAAGUCUUGGGCAACCAAAAAAAAAUGAAGAGCUGUCUACUACCACCAUCUACAUGCUGUACAAAAUACAAAACCAAUUUUCUUUGAAAGAAAUUAAAUUUUUCAAUAGGAAAGUAGUAGUAAUUUACAUCAGAUUGCUAAUGCCACUUGGCAAGUGUUCAACUUGCUGCUGCAACUAUGGCACUUUAAGGUACCUUUAUAUGACUAGGGAACACAUAAGUAACCCCUAUGGAAUUGUUUUAUGUAGUUAAUAGCAGGUAUUGCUUUACCAGUUUCAUAAGUGUUUUAGCAUUAAGUAAUGCAUCUGUAUAUCUUUAUAUGUUUAAAAUCCAUUUGUGUGUACAAAAAUGUUGUGCAAAUAUUUUGUAAUACAAUUUUUUUUUUUAACUGUGCAGCACUGUAUUACCCUUGUGGGUUUAGCACAUAGUUUUAGUUAUACAGUGGUCCCUCGUUUAUUGUCAUUAAUCCGUUCAUGGAAGUGCGACGAUUAUCAAAAUAGACUAUUUUCGAAUCAAUUUUCCCCAUAAGAAACAAUGUAAAUACAAUUAAUCCGUUCCUGACACCCAGAAGUAUUAAAACAUUUUUUUUACAUGAAAUAUAGAUGUAGUACAUAAACAAUACAUGGGACAUGAUGAAUGAAACAUUAACCCCUUCAGGGUCCAAGGCCCAAAUCUGAAGUGGUGCCCCAGUGUCCAAGAAUUUUCAAAAAAAAAAUUUGUUAUUUUUUCUUAUGAAAUGGUAGAGAAUCUUUUUGUGAAAGUAAUAAAACAAAAAGUACAAAAUUUGAUGGAAAAUUGACGAAAUUAUGCUCUCGCGGAUUUUGAUGUGUCAGCGAUAUUUACGAAUUGGCGAUUUUGCCGACUUUGACUCCCAUUUAGGCCAAUUACAUUAUUCCAGUCAACCAAAUUCUUAGCUAUUUCACUAGUAUUACUUCUAUUCUAUCAAUUGAGCACAAGAAAUCGCCAAGUCAACUGUUUCAACUACAAAUUAAAGUGAUCGGAAAUUGUUAAUUUGGCCAAUUUAACACAAAGUUCAAAAUAUUCCAAUUUCAAAAUAGGGUCCAGAAUAAACAAUGUAGGUAUUCCUGGAACUAAACUAACAUUUCCUCU